AUGAGUGUUGUUGAGCCGGGAUUUGAUGAGACUGUUCUUCUUGCGCUGUGCGACUUGGAUUGCGGUGUUCCCUUGCUACUUGAUCGAAUAAAGCAGAGUAUGGUUUCAUGUAGGGAAGCGUCAGUCUUUUUCAAGAAACGAGCAGUAUUGGAGGAAGAGUAUGGCAGAGGCAUGCAGAAGUUGGCGAAGACAACAUCGGAAGUAUAUUCAAUGAAUGACGGAAAAGCUGGCUCUUUUGUCAAUUCUUGGCAGUCGAUGAUGAAGAUCCACGAAAUAAUGGCCGAAAAUAGAAUACGUUUCGCUCAGAGGCUCAAUGAGAUGAGUGAGGAACUCGCUAACCUUGCUAAGGAAGUCGAUAAAAACCGAAAACAGACAAAAGAGUUGGCUAGCCGCUACGAACGAAGCCUGCAAGAGUCUGAAAUGGCCACAGAGAAAAGCAAAAACCGGUUUGAUGUUAGCGUCGAAGAGCUCGAGCGAAUCUUGGUCCAAAAGGAAGGUGAAUCCCUCAAAGAUACAGGUAUGCAAGGUCGAUCUCCAGGAGGAAAGAGAGCCAUCGGCAAGGCCGUAGCCAAAGGCGGAUUGCUGUUAAAAGGCAAGAACCCAGGAAAUAUUCAAAGGCAAGAGGAUGACAUCCGAGCGAGGGUGUCGACAGCGUCAGAUUCGUAUCGGAAAUCAGUUCACGAGACUCAAGGCCUGCGACAAGAAUACUUCAAUUUCCAGCUCCCGCGGAUUCUACGUGCUCUGAAAGAAUGUGCAGACGAGAUUGAUCUUGGCACGCAGUAUCAUCUCACUCGAUAUGCUUUCUUGUUUGAAAGUAUCAUGCUCAGCGAUGGCUCCACGCUGGCACCAUCGGGAAUCGAAGAUGGUCCUGGGCUCAAAGCCACAAUUGAGUCUAUCGACAAUCGUGCAGACUUCAAGGUCUAUAUGCAGCACUACGCUUAUGCACACGGCGGCGUGCAACGCGGGCCGCGGCGCACAGGUCCUGAGCAUGAAGGCUUCUUACCCCCUCUUCCGCCUCAUAGAGACCAUACGCAGCCCGUCGCGUACGCUCCGAACACUCCGAAUGGCGGCUCGGUAGCAUUGCCUGAUCGUGGUCGCCCGUCCUUCGGGGUUGAUCUCGCGGAGCAGAUGUCACGAGACAACGUCGAGGUCCCGCCGCUGAUGGUCAAAUGCUGUGAGGCGAUAGAAAAGUACGGGCUAUACUCUCAGGGGAUAUAUCGCAUCAGCGGUACGAUGAGCAAGAUUGCGAAGCUCAAGGAACGGCUUGAUAAGGAUCUUGACACCGUGAACCUCGACGCGGACGAAUGGGCGUCUGACAUUAACAACGUGACAAGCGUGCUAAAGUUGUGGCUCCGGGAGCUGCCUGAGCCACUGCUGACCACAGGCUUACAUCAGGGGUUUCUUGAAGCUGCUAAGAUCGAGAACGACCGACUUCGGCACAUACGGUUACACGAGCGCGUCAACGAGUUGCCUGAUGCGAAUUAUGCGACGUUGAAGUACUUUCUAGGGCAUUUACACCGGGUAGCGCAGCUUGAGGCACAUAAUUCCAUGUCCAUUUCAAAUCUCGCGAUCGUGUUUGGGCCAACACUGUUUGCUCAAGGCGCAGUCAACGGCUCAAACGGUGCACCGAUCAUGGUCGAUGCUGGAUUGCAAAAUAAGGUGCGUCGUGAGCUCCUGUUUCGACUGUGGGCGUGUGUUGAUACCUCGUCUGCAGGCCGUCGAGACGAUCUUGGAUCAUUAUACCGAUAUUUUCAUUGA